AUGGCAUUCAACCUGAUGGCCAUCGCCGCCAUCAAAACCAAACGCAGCAUCCAGUUUGUGGACUGGUGUCCCACUGGCUUCAAGGUGGGCAUCAAUUACCAGCCGCCCACCGUGGUUCCUGGUGGAGACCUGGCCAAGGUCCAGAGGGCUGUGUGCAUGCUGAGCAACACCACCGCCAUCGCAGAGGCCUGGGCUCGGCUGGACCACAAGUUCGAUCUGAUGUACGCCAAGCGAGCCUUUGUCCACUGGUACGUGGGUGAGGGAAUGGAGGAGGGGGAGUUCUCCGAGGCCAGGGAGGACAUGGCCGCCCUGGAGAAGGAUUAUGAGGAGGUGGGAACCGACAGCUUGGGAGAGGAAAAAUGUUGAUGACAUUGUUCUAAU